GCGGACAUCGCUGCUGCUUGGCACCUCCUUGAGAUCACCGGCAUCGUGCAGUCGGUGCUGUGCGCGUUGUUCGGCCUCUAUUUUGCGCUCUUCGUGCUCGCGUUAUGGGCGAACUACGGACGUGGGGAUGUAUCGUCCAAGAGGCUUAGGAUCGUGACAAUUGUCCUAUUUGUGAACCUCUGCGCCCACUUCAUCGCGCGUUCCCUACAGUUCGCGAGAGCUCGAAUCAUGGAACCCGCGGACAACGAGUUCUUCAAGUGGGGCAUCCCGUUGACGGUCAUUGGAAACGUCACCACCACGUUCGCAGGUCUUUGCUCGGACGGCCUCCUUGCAUGGCGCUUCUUCGUUAUUUUCGACCAGCGAAAAUGGGCUCUUUACAUCCCCGGCACAUUCGUGAUCAUCAAUGCUUUGCUCUGUUGGUCUGCGGACGCGCAGCACCUCGCCGCAUACACCCAUUACGACUUCUACGAAAACACCCUCCUCGAGGUCACCCUUCAGAUCACCGUAGCUUGGGGCUGGCUCAUGUUCGUCAUCAACACCACCCUCACCCUCGCCAUCAUCACGAAGAUCAUCAUCGUCGCGCGCGAGAGCCGCACGAUGAACCUCUACGAGACCGUCAUCCGCGCGUGUAUCGAGUCCGCGUUCGUCACCUGGGUUGGCCUCCUCCUGUACGAGAUCUGCUCGCUCGCGCCCAACGGCCACGUCGUAACGAACUACGACGUCGGCUACGUCAUGGCCUGCGUGAUCCCCGUCUUCUUCGGCAUCUCCCAAUGCCUCAUCGUCGUCCGCAUCGCGCUCACGAACGAGUUCGGGCCCUCGCGCGGCCUCGCCGGC